AUGGAGUCACCUUUGCUGCGGCAAAAUGUUGCAGCAGCCCAAGCUGCUCUAUGCAAGUUGCCUGGGAAGGAGGACAAAGUGGUUGUGAAACAAGAGAUCAAGGUAGAGCAGGUGAAGCAGGAACAAGAUCCUUCAGCCAAAAAACGUAAGACAGAGUGGCACGCAGCUUUGAACAAGCUCCAUGGGGACACGACACUGGUCAAGGAGAUUUUGGACUACUUAGCUCUAUUCUCAGACUCGGUAGAGUGUCAAACCGGUUUCCGCGGGGCUAUGCAUCCAGCAGAUAUGGUUGUUGAAGCCUUCAAAGAUGCUGCUGCAGCAAAAGAAACUGUGGGGAAAAUGCGAACCUUUCUCGAAGAUGCACUCAAGGUGCAUGGCAUGAAGUUGGAUGCCGCAAUGCCACCUGAUGUGAAUGCUGUGAAGGAGGGACAAGUCAAUGCUUCAGUGCCCAUCAACCUCAUCAAAGUGAAGAUUCCCGACGAUGGACUUCCUUGCGUGUCAGACUGGAUCACAUGCUGUAUUUCAUUCAUCUUCAGUGGAUCUCGUUUAGGGAGGGAACCCAUUGAUUUGAAUUGGGGCGUGCCACAUCAGGAAGAUCAGGAAGAUGCAAAGUGGGCCAUCAAGAAAGGGUUUACACGUUUGACUUGCCUGUUGCUUCUCACCUUGAUCGCCUCAGACCUUGAUCCUGUUGCUGGCAAGGACCUGAUUCUGCCAUUGAUUCCUGCGAUCAAGGGCUUGUUUGAGAUUCCUUGCUAUUUGAGCGUCCACAACGACAUGGAUAUUGUCAGCUUUGUCAUGAAGCUCAGUCAGCGUUUCGAGCUUUUGAUAGCAGAGCGCAGAUUACAAGAAGCUUCAAGAAAUCAAACAGAUGGUGCCAUUCUGCAAGACUUGGUUUCGAAAUACAACCAGUUCAAGGCGAACAGUGCUUUGAAGAAGUGGCAAAUCUCACCAGAUCAGUACGCUGCAAUCCUUGGUGUGAUUGAGGGCAUGACCUUUGAAUCCCGUCAGUUGGUAACCCAAGAAAUGCUGGAUGAGAUGGUGGCAAGCUUCAUGAACGGGGACUACAUCCAAGAUUUGGACGCUUUGAUUGCUUCAAAGCCCAACAACUUGAAAGUCGAAAUGCUGAGCAUGUUCCAAGAUCACAUCCAGAAGGGUCUUCAGAAAGUUGUUGGUGGGUCUUCUGGCCAAGAUGUGUCAGCAGAAGUCGAAGAUGCUGAGGAGAACCUCAAGAACGCCGAAUACCAGAUGAUUUGCGCAAGUUUGGCUCAUGACUACAAAGAGGCUGUGAGCUACAACCUCAAGCGAAACAAGGUGGUACAUAUGAAGAAUCAGCUGGAGAUUGGACUCCAGGUCGCCGAGAAGUUCAUGGAAAAGCGAUGUUUGAUGCUUUGCACAAGUGGUGAAAAAUCACAAGGGACCACAUCCCUCAUCAGAAAGAUCAUCUCUGAAGCAGCCUCAAAAUGGGAUGGGGUCGACCUAGCGAAGAUGCACCACCUGGCAUUCUUUGACUUUUCCAAACAUGGAAGAUUGACAGUCCCUUACAUCGACCAAGCUGCCAAGUCUAUCAUUCAGGUGCUCAGAAUGAAUGAAGACUACAGCAUGGCAUUGGUGAUAUGUCCAAUCUUAGCAGGGGAGGGUGUGCUUGGUGGCUUGCGUGGUGAGUAUCGUCGCAUUGAAGACAAAUUUAUCUCAAUGGGCAUGGAGCUCAAGAAUGUGCAGGUGGCUUUCGACCUCACUGACAAAGAAGAAACGUCACAAUGGUUGGCAUCACCCGCCACCUUGAAAUCGAUUUUGGAAGCAAGCCUUUCCCGGGUUAGCUCUCUGAAAGGUCAAGUCCUACUGAUCCACCACUUGACACCGUAUGAGGGUACCUUUGAGAAGGCGCAGAUGACCAAAAUGAACAGUUUGUCAACAAACAAGUUUAUCAACCCUGAGGUGGCUUUGGAUUUAAUGUUGGACUUGCAGGACAUGUGCCACAUCGCUUGCUACUCACAGUGUGACAACCCGACCAUUUUCCAGUAUGCACUGAUGCAGGUGAAAGACAAGUUGCUGGAGGAGUGGAAGCAAAGCCGUGGCCUCAUUGCAAGCAUGCAGCCAAAAUUUGUGCCAGAUGCAGAUCUGUCAGAUGUUUUGGAUCCCAAGCGACCAAACCCGGAUUGGCGCAAACGCUUGAAGAAUUUUGACGCAGUCUUCAGUGUGGAGGGACAAUCACAGCGCCCAACGCCAACAACCACUUCAUUGGAGGUCGACUUAGCAAAGGAGAUUGGAGAGGACGUCGUGAAGAUGGAAAUACAAGAGAUUGACACACCCCCAGCAAUGACAAUGGAGAAGUUCAAAGAAAAGUAUCCCGAGGUCCAGAUGACAGUGACUCUCUACAUGGGGCAAAAUGUCGUUUGCCAGGUUGCAGGGGGGAAGUGCUUCAUCUCAGCAGCUUCAACCUUUCGUUUGGUUGGUGCAAAUUCAGCCACUCCAAAACCGUUGUUCCUCUAUGCGGGUGGCUCAUGGAUUUCAGACAGCAGCAAGGCCAAGGACUUUCUUUCGAAACCAGGUAAUGAAGGGAAGGGUGUUGAAUUCCGACUUGAAUCUGCAAAGAGCUUGGUUCUCUUGGAGGAACAGGGGACAAGUGGGACAACCGACUCUGCGCCGAUGACGCUGUAUGACCUCUACCUGAUGCUUGAAAAACGUGGUGUGGUUGAUUUCCAGGUGACCUCCCAUGAUGUGGACAGACCCGCAGAUGUCAAGGCAGGGAAUGCGGCAGACUGCUUGGACGUCAAACACACGUCCUACUCAGUCUACAAACCCAACCCGGUUCAGCAGAAGAAUGUGAAAUCGUCCAACCUUGGCGGCUUUCUCAACUACAAGACCUUGGAGAACUCAAAGUAUUUGCAGCUGAUCUGGCGCAUCUUGACAACUGAAAAAGAUAUAUGUGUGAUUUUUUUCAUGUGGUACCAUUUUGAAGUUUUUUUAUCGAUGAGAUGA